UGCUUGAUGGUAUUUUAAAACGUGAAGGUGUCCAACUAAUGCUCUCGCAGCUGAAUAAAAAUCCAACAAACGUUUAAAUUGAAAAUAAAAUACAAAUGCGAAAAAGCUGCAACGGUCAGUAGCUUACGACGAGUGACACGACAACGAGUAGUGUGAGAUUUCGAUUUGUGAGAUUAAAAGCGCAGAAAAAAAAAAUUGAAAUUAAAAUUGCAAUAUUUGUAUAAAAGGCAGCGACAACCGUUUGCAUGCAGAUAAUUUCAUUUUAAUAUUCAUUGCAAACACACACGCAUCGUAUAUACAGCUCGCGCGCGGCAUUAACGACAAAUACUCGUACGACAAUAGGCAGUCAGACAGACAAACAACUAGUGACAGUGUUCAAUAAAUAUUAGUACGCACAUUGCAAAGUUGUUUUUAUAAUUUUUUUGUGUUUUUAUUUUUUUACUUGAGUGAAAAUCGCAAUCAUACAUAAAAAAAGCAAUAAUUAACCAAACAAAACGGGCAUUUAAAGCAAGUGAAAAAGUACAAAUUUGUAAAAAAUUAUUUUUUUUUUACAAAAACAAAAAAUCACAAAGUGUUAAUUUACUCAAGCCACUCCAAGCAAUUUAUUUGACGAGUGCAUUUUAUUAAAAACUAAAAAAAAAAAACAAUAAACACCAACAACAAUGAGCUUCAGCUUCACACGCCAACUGUCGGAAAUGAGCGCCAGUGAACUUAACGACGCCAUUGACGACACCAAUUUCCCGCAGGCGCAUAUCCUGUCACGUGGCCGCAACAAUAGCGUCUGCUCGACCAGCUCGGCAUCGGGCAUAACACCGCUUAUGGAUCGUGCACUCUCUCAAACCGAUGAAGUGGUCGGUGGCAAUACGACUGUGUCUAACGCUGUUCCUGCUGCGACACCCACUACACCCGGUAGUGGUGGCAGUGUUGCUGCUAGUGGUGGUGCUUUAACUAAUGCUGUUGCAAAGGAUGCUGCGAUUACCACGCCACCACCUGUAUCCUUUACGCGCCCAAAGCUAAUGCUUAAAACCAAUGGCAUUAUUCCGGAGCAUGAGGCGGACGCACCGAUGACGCCGAAAACACCGCGUACAUCAACUACACCAGGCCAUGAACAUUGCACAUUCCAUCACGAUCUCGAGCUGGAUCACAAACCACCAACACGUGAGGCGCUGUUACCCGAGUUGUCGCGUUCAUAUCGUCUAUUGUUGAGCGGGCUUGGUGAGAAUCCCGAACGACAGGGCUUGUUGAAGACACCUGAACGCGCCGCUAAGGCUAUGUUGUUCUUUACAAAGGGUUACGAUCAAAAUUUGGAAGAUGUACUCAAUGGCGCUGUCUUCGAUGAGGAUCACGAUGAAAUGGUAGUUGUAAAGGAUAUAGAAAUGUUUUCCAUGUGUGAGCAUCACAUGGUACCAUUCUAUGGCAAGGUUUCAAUCGGCUAUUUGCCUUGCAAUAAGAUUUUGGGACUCAGCAAGUUGGCAAGAAUUGUGGAGAUCUUUUCACGUCGUCUACAAGUGCAGGAACGUUUGACGAAGCAAAUCGCCGUUGCUGUUACACAGGCUGUGCAACCAGCUGGUGUGGCAGUCAUCAUUGAGGGAGUUCACAUGUGCAUGGUAAUGCGUGGCGUGCAGAAGAUCAACAGCAAAACUGUCACCUCAACAAUGUUGGGCGUCUUCCGUGAUGAUCCCAAGACCAGAGAGGAGUUCUUAAAUCUUGUGACCAGCAAAUAAACGCACACUUGCAAUCGAAUGAGAAUGUUGAAAAUUAUUCCAGUAAAUCGAAAUAUACACAUACGUACAUAUAGAAGGAAUUUUUUUAAUGAAUGCUGCUUAUAUUUACAUAUACAUACAUAUAAUAUUUUAAAACGUAUACACAUACCUAGUUUUAAGUUGCAAAUUGCAAAUAAAAAAAGUACAUUGAAAGUAUAUAGAUAACUAUCUACAUAUGUAUA